CAAUUCUCAUUAAGCGGAUCCCCCGUAAUACUUGAUACGUACCCGUUAACUAAAAAACGAAGCUAAUCGUAACAAGAUACAGCUACAUACGUAACCAAUCAGUUUUAACGCAGUCAAGUGCGAGCACUGCACGCGUAACCUUUAAACGAAAAAAUCGGUUCCAGACGAUCAAUAGCGUACAUAUGUGUACCCGUUAAUUUUCGCCAGCAGAAGCUACGAAAAAAAUCCCAAAGCUACACCAAGUCUAGCUCAUACGCAAAGGAAAAAAGUAGCAGCAACAGCAGCGAGCUCCGGAUCGGUAACAAUUAGAGCCUUUAGCGGCGUUUGCUUAACGUUGCUCCCUGAUACAGUUACGAACGAGUCGCUCGGAGUCUUCACCCCGCGAGUGACUUCGGGCUUGGGCUCAGUUGGCCAGCGGCAUUUGCGAUGAAAAACUACCUUUGAACAUUGAAAACUGUGCGACCAUGUGGCUGUGCGAUGAGUAUCGGUGAAAGACGCGAAGAUUUCCUUGGGUACAACGCACUGUUGAGGUGUCGAGGUGGACUACGAACUUUAAUUUAGUAUCUGGAGAGAAAGAUCGAAGAUGGCAACGAGAUUCUGGUGCAAGCUUAUUGUCCUGUCGAUAUGUGCGCGGCGAGGAGGUUUCGGAAUGAAUUUGACCGAUUUGCAAGAGCUUGUGAUAGUUUCCAGGGACAAUGAAAAAAUCACGACCGAGGUCACUUCGCUUGCUACCACAGAGGCAUCGUACAGGCACUCAAGGUGGCAUCGACAUGAGCGCGAAGGUUACCAGUCGCGAAUGUCUCACGACGAUUACCAGGACGAAGUGGCCGAUCAUCACGACGAGCAUGCCGGUGAUUCCAAGGCUGUGAGCCAGGGAAAGUACGACUACUGGGGUGGAUACGGUGGAUACUAUGAUUUUUUGAUCAACGAGGGAAGCUAUAAGUUCUGGGCUGCUUUUCAGCUUGCCACAGCAGCGUUGCUGAUCUACAGUGGUUUCGCCGCGCUGUACUACGCGAAGGUGAACCCUCAGAUCACAGAAGAUUACGAUGAUUUUUUGCUGCGCCGACGGAGGCGAGAAGUCGACCGGGACCGACCACCACGAGAUCGACCUUUUUUCGGACUUGAAGCCCAAACUUUGCAGAGGAUACUCGACGCUAUUGCUAAUCAGAUUCGUUAAUCAAUAUUCUUUUGCUUCCUUUCUAAGGAAGCUUUGUAAUAGUGAUUUUUGGAGUUUGUCUAAAAAUACGUUGGAAGUGUGUUUAGAAGUACUUUAAGUUAAAAAUAGUGUUUUUGGAAAAUGUCCGUAUGGAUGUAUGUGUGUGUGUGCGUAUGUAUACGCCCGUAUCUCGGCUUCUACUAAGUGGAUUUUAAGCCACUAAGUCUCAUUUUCUUUGUUUUUACUGUAACAUGGUUAAAAAGUCCUUUUUUACAUUUUUUCAAUUUUUUUUUCGAGCGAUUUUUUAGUUUUGAAAGUUCAGUUUUAUCUGAUAAAGUUAUCGAAAAGAUUAAUUUUAACAAAUUGCUUGAUAUGUACCUUUUAGAGAAUAAAAUUACCUAUCUUUUUACCGCGGGAAAUUUAUAUUAUCGUUCGUCGUUCUUUUGUUAUAUACCAUAAAGCGCAAUUUAUAGCAAUCAUAUUUGCUCAAAAACUAAAUGUCAAACCUUUCUAAAAAUUAACACGAUUAUUGAAGAUUAUUAGAACUAUACACCACUAUAAUUUUAAUUCAUUUGAUGGGGCAGAUCCGUAGAAAAACGCCAAAAACUGAAAAAAGUCGUUUUUCUAUAAAAUUCGAUAACAGGAGUAAAAACGCAAUAAUCAAAUAUAAAUUUUGGAUUUAGUUAGCAUUACACAGCACAAUGAGCCCUUUCUUUGGGCUGUUUAUGAAACCAGUUAGUUUCGAAGAUAUUAAGGUUCAAAAAUUUGGUUUUUCACCCUGUAUAAUACUCUGUUUAACUGAAAACUGCAUCAUUUCUAUCUCAGCUAAUCUACCUAGGUUCGUUUUCUCUGUUUUCUUUUUAUCAAUCCAUGAAAAACGAGAUUUCAGUCUUGCAUGUACGUUUUUUUCAUGGCGAUAUUUCGUUCAAUAACCAUUAAUUAAUUAUAGCUCGGCGAACGAGAGAAAGAAUAAUACGAAUUUUAAGUGAUUUUAACUAAUUUCAUUGAUUCGAUCCCAAGAAAUAGAUAAAAUACUGGAAAAACACACUUUUAUCUAUGUUAUACGAUAAAUGAAAAUUUUGUCCACUCACCCGCUUAUGUGCAGCACAUGUUAAAUAAUUUUAUCCAUAAAACAGAAAAGUACAAAAACUGUAUGUAAUUAUGUAUGGAGUAAAAACAGUUUCAUAUUAAAGUAAUACAUAAUGUUGAAGGAAGCUACGUGCCAAAGAAUUGGCAGCGGUUUUUUUUUCUGUAUAUUCAAACGACAAUGUAUUUUUGAAAGUAGGUUGAGAUAUCAUAUGUUUGUAUAUUUAUUAUGUAAAUUAAUAAUAAACGUGAA